AUGGACGCUCAGGAGCUCAGGGAAUUCAUGGCUCAGUACGUGUCCGAGCUGGCGGAUCUGACGUUCAACUCCAAGCCAAUCAUCAACACGUUGACGAUGCUGGCAAGCGAAAACGUCAAGGCGGCUUCCAGUAUAGCUGCAGCUAUCGAGAAGCACAUCCUGAAGUGCUCUCCAACGCAUAAGCUCUAUGGCCUCUACUUGAUGGACAGCAUCAUCAAGAAUGUGAGACAACCAUACACGUCCUUGUUCUCACGCACCCUACCAGAGGUUUACAUGAACGCUUGGAGUGCAGCCCCGCAGUCCAGACCUCAACUGCAGAAGCUGUUCAAUUUCUGGAAAGGCCACUUGCCGGACCAAACUUUGGCAGCCAUCACCAAGCGGCAAGGGGCCCAGCAGGCGCCCUUGCCAGCACCGCCAUCCCCGCAGCCACAGCUGGGGCCCGCGGCAGGCUACGGAGCGGCUGCACCCUUCGCAGCGCCUCCCUCGCCUCCAUCCCGUCCCACAAGCGCAGGACCUCAAGCGCCAGGUGUACAGCAGUUUCCUCCAGGACAUUCCUUGUACCCGGCAGCAGCUGGCAUUGCGCAGCCGUAUGCAGCUGUGCAGCUGCAGCAGUUUCCGCCACCGCCGCCGCCGCGGCAGCCGUCGCCGCAGGCGCCGCAGCCGGCAGAUGCAUUUCCCGGCUUCCCGCAGCUUCCAGGGCCGGCGCAGCCGAGCGCAGCGGUCAUGGCAGCGCUGCAAGCUGCCCUGGCGAAAAAGCAGCAGCAGCAGUCGGGGAACGCCGCUCGGCAGCAGCCUGCCGCCAGCAGUGUCAGCGAGGAUGACUACUGGGCAGGUCUUGAGCCUGAUGAGCUACCCCUGAAGACCGUGGACGAAAGGAAGAUGGGCUUUGAUUCGGAGCGCCUCAAGGCACAGAGCCCAGCUGUUCUGAAGGAGCUCAUGGCGUGCACGGUGGCGCUGCGGCACCGCCACCUGGACAGAAUGUUCCAUCACCGGCGGCGCACGCGCGGGGCCGGCCGCCGGGUGCUGAGUCAGCAGUGGUACGUGCGCGCGGAUGACUGGAUCGCCGGCACCGCCGCCGACGCGCAGGCCGCCCCCGCCUUCUUUGACCUUCCGGAGGGGAGGGAGCCUGUGAAGAAGGAGACUACCAGUGUGCCAGUGGACGACGCGCAGCCAAAUUGCGCGCUGAGUGGGGAGCGCUUUGAGACGUUCUGGGACGACGCCAGCGACGAGUGGCGCUACAAGGACGCUCUCCGCCUGGACGCCGAUCAGGCCGCCAGGUAUGGGCUGCAUGAGGGGGUCAUUGUGAAGGUGACAGCGCUGAGCGCUGGCCCCGACCCGGUCUUAGAGGAGCAAGCCGCAGCAGAGGGCCAAUCAGAAGAGCCGGCUGCAGCGGCAGCACCGGCCCCAGAAGCACCCGAGCCCGCAGCUGCAAGCACAUCAAAGGCGAGUGAGGCUCCGGCACCUUCAAACGAGGUGGGGCCGAGCGUGGCAGUGAAGACAGAGCCCGAGGCGGCAGCAGCUGCGGAGGAUGCUGCAAUGGAAGCCGCCGACCAAGUGGAGGGGGCUGAUCAGCAGGAAGCUGCCUCGAGCGUAUUGGAGACCGUGGAAGCUUCAGGGCAGCUGUCGGCUGGCGUCACAGUGAAGAGGGAGUCUGAUGAGCAGCUGCCCAGAAGGAGGUCCAAGCGGCUCAAGCAGGACCCAUGA